CUUUGAUGCUAAACACCUGCAGCAAAACAACAACAACAGCAACAAAACAACAACAAUAACAACAAGUCACAUGACCGACCUGCUGGAGCAGCGCCACGCCGCCCUGCGGGGGGAGAACCGCGACCGGGAGGCGCUCUGCAGCCGGCAGCGGGGUCAGCUGACCGCCCUGCGCGCGCAGGCCUCCGGGUUGCAGGUUGAGAUCCGGGAGAAGCUGAAGCUGCCGGGCGACGCCCUGAAGCAGAGAGAGAAACACGGGAGAGACAUGAAGAGCAUCGAGGGCCUGGAGGAGCACCUGGAACAGGAGACGGUGAGGUUUGAUGCGUUGAUGAGCAGCAACGCGGAGCAGCGCCUCCUCAUCGCCCACCUCCUGCAGCAGAGAGGCGUGUUGGGCGCCGUGAACCAGAAGCUCAACGAGCAGCUGGAGGAGAGGAGGAAGACGAAGGAGAAGAUGGAGGAGAAGUCCUCCCUCGUCUUCACCCAGAGGUCGGCGGCCGCGACCCGGACGCUGGCGAUGGAGAAGGGCGUCGCUAUGGAGACGGGCCAGUUCGUGCGGAGGAGGUCGCAGCUGAAGACGAUCAUCGCCCGCGACGCGAAGCUGCAGCGCUUCCUGCAGACCAAGCUGCAGAGGAGCGUCCCCCUGGAGGGAGACGGCCGCUCCAAGAAGAGAAAGGAGCAGCGGCGGGUCCAGGCCGGCGUGGAGAGGCUGGACAUGUACGUGCGGGCGCACCGCGCCCUGCUGGAGGUCACGGGGGAGACGGACCUGCGCCGCAUCGGCCUCGUCUUCACGCGCAGCGAGCACCAGAACCUCUCGUACCUGGGAUACGUCAACGAGCUGCACGGCCGGAGCAACGCGCUGCGGAGCGGCGCCGAGCGGCUGGAGAGGGAGAUCUGGUCCCUGGAGGAGCAGAACCGAGGGCGCGAUGACCAGAACCAACGCCGGCUUCAGGACCUGGAGUCCGAGCUGCAGGCGUCCGGCCGUCUGUCCGAGUCUCUGCAGCAGCAGAGCGCCGCCUUGCAGGCGGUUCUGGACCGGCUGGCCGGCGGCAUCGCCGGGCUGCUGGACGACAUCACGCAGGAAGUGGUCGUCGUCAACGCUGACAACAUCGUGCACUUCACCCACGUCCUUGAGGAGAGCGUCGUCCACCUGCUGGUCCGGAGCGGCGUGGACGGCGAGCAGCCGGCGCCGGCUCCUCCGAGCCCGAUGGCCUUUGACCCGCUGUCCGACGUGGAGGCGGUCCGCUCCAAGUCUCCGGCACGCUCGCUCAAGUCGGCCUGAGCAGAAACAAAAUGGCGGCGGCGGCGUCUCGUCCUCCUUCACAUGUCAAUAAACAUCCUGGUUCAGCCGCCAUGUCUUCAUCCA